UUCCGAGUUUGACACAGCUUCGUUCACUGACGUAACGCGGGAGUGAUUUUCGGACACUACAGCAGUUGCUUUUAGCAGCUGAAAGUGCAAUUUUCUCGAAAGUACACAGACGCAAGAAGAGCCAAAAAGCGACGAUGAGUUCAUUGCGCAGCAAGUCUGCGGAUGAGCUCGCCGAGCUGCUCGAUGAAUACGGGAUAAAACACGGACCUGUAGUUGACUCCACCAGAGGUCUGUAUGAGAAGAAGCUGAAAGAGGCCAUGGCCAAAGGGAAACCACAAAGACCUUCGCCUGACCGAACUUACUACCGAGAAGAAGAGGAGGAAGUCACCUACGUCCACAGAACCCCAGUCAGGAAUGAGUCUUCGGCAGACAGCGAACUUUACAGGAGGCCAAGAGCAGAGCAGACCGAGUGGGAAUUUGGAACUGAGAAAUUUGAUUCAAGUUCUUCAUGGCCAGUGGCUGGGUACAGAGGAAAAGAUUUUGAAGAGAAAUUGUAUUCCAGCUCUUCACAGCCAGCGGCUUUGUACAGAGAGAGAGAUUUUGAUGAGAAAUUGUAUUCCAGCUCCUCACGGCCAGCGGCUUUGUACAGAGAGAGAGAUUUUGAUGAACCUUACACGUACACACCAUCCACUUACAGAAACAUUUCUUUGAAGCAAACAGCCAAAUCUGCUGAAAACCUUCCAGGAGAGAAAAAGUCAUCUCGCCUCAUCCCACUAUGGAUUCAGUUCGUUGUCUUCUUCCUGGUUGUGGCAUUUUUCUUCUAUUUUGUUUUUUCCAACAUGGAGACAACAGUAACUGACCCCUUUCAAAAAAUUGAGUAAUAUUUACACAUGCAGGGGUUUUUUUUUUUUUUCCCCAAUCAAGGGAUUACUUUUUUACUACUCUUAUUUUGGACUUUGCCAAACUUUGUACUUUACACAGUUGCAUUUUAUCCACUUCAUUAUGCUGAAUAAAAAUGUGUCAUUAUCCAUCCUGUGACAACACAUUAAUAAUCCAGUUAAAACAAGUACAGUUGUAUGUAAAAGUUUGGGCACCCCUGAUGAUUUCCAUGAUUUUCCUUUUUGGUUGUUUGGAUCAGCAGUUUCAGUUAAAUAUAUCAUAUAGCAGACAAACAGUGAUAUUUGAGA